AUGUCGAUCAAUGCUCCUGGAAUCCACCAGGCAUGGAUUGGGAGGUACUGGAACACGCUGCCCCGCUACAAAAGAUAUGAUACUUCUGGUUUCUCUUGUCAACGCGAAUAUCGCUCCUACCACGAGGGUGUCAUCGGCCCCCAACCAGAAGAACUAGAGAUCGUCGCUUCCAAGGGGCUGUGCCAACACUCGGCCUCAGAAUCAUCCAGGAUGGUCCGAUUUCCUCGAGAUUUCCGGGAUAAGAAAAAACGCCAACGUGAUGACGAAGAAGAGGAAUACGCCAGGAUUUCAGCACAACGCAAGGCCGAGACUUGCAGCGGGAAACCAAUCAUGCAGUCGCACCACGGACGUGGGCAUCAAGCCGCAUGGAACCAUGCCAGCCUACCAUCCAUCAUUGGCUUUUCCUCCCACUUGUGGUGUGCGUGCGAUGCGGGCUUGACUCUUUUCAACCCCUCUCCGACUCCCUGGCGCGUCAGGAGGGCGAAAUUUGCUUGAUGGACGCCAAAGAGCGACUCGAUUGAUUCCUCACCAUGCGACUUGACGCCGCUCUGGACUCUUACUUUUGGCUUUUAAUUUAAGUAUAGGACCAUAUUUUCUUUUUCCUGCUGCAAAUAGAAAACUCAGGUAAAAAGAAAGAAAAGAAGGGAUCGGCCGCAGCGACCGA